GGACAGAAUCGAGGGAUAUUUUUAAACGCACUGCACAGCGAAGGUGUCUCCCAGUAGGCAAGAACACUCGCUAGAGAAUCGUCUCGCAUCCGGAAGCGCAAAGUUUGAUCCUCGGGAGAAGGAAGUGCGAAUAUCUGGUAAAAAGACAAUAUCACCACGUAAAGCAAAGUCGCAUCGAAAGUGAUCUUAAUAUCACCCACUCAAUCAAGCAUUUGACCAAUUUGUUAGCGAUGGUGUGGAUUAAAUGAGACAACAUUGACGGAGAUUUAUUAUUGCUGCUCCCAUUUCAUUGUGCAACUCGUGUCGCUUCAACUACGCACAAACCGGGCAGUUUUCUUAUAGAUUUGAAAUCAAAUUAUCAAAUUAAACUAAACGCAAGUGCUUAUGAAUUGGUGUGACUCUGAUAUGGUGAUGUUCAAGCGCUGUCAGUGGUCCUUGUGAUAUCGUGAGUGCUUGAAGUGCAAAGUUUAGGGAAAAUUAUUAGUGAUUCAAAGCGCUUUGGCGUGAAGAGAAGAUUUGCCGCCAAAUAGUGAAUUCUAAUUGAUCGGCGAAAAGCCAAAAGUAAGUGCCACGCACAGCAGAGACAGUGCCCAAGUCUGCACUCCAACCAGUUGCAUAACGCGGACGAAAUAAGGUGAAACGACAAUCCAGAGCCCACAGGGAUGGUCCUUGGGCGAGGUUAUAGAACACAUAGCACGUCAUCAAGUAGAUUGUGAGCUUCUCCACCAGGAAUUUCGAGAUUACUUCUUUGCCAAGAUGGGACCUACAUUGCAAAACGGAGACGAUGACUACACGGGAGAGACCAAGGAGCGAUGUCACACCCCAACUGAUCCCGCGGGCAUCCGCAAGUGGAUCAGCGACAACAUGAUGCUCCUCGUCACCCUGUCCGGGGUCAUCCUGGGCGUUGUUGUGGGUUUCAGUUUGAGGCCACUCAACCUCAGCAAGGACUACAUCAUGUUGAUUUCCUACCCGGGAGAGCUAUUUAUGCGCGUCCUCAAGCUCAUGAUUCUUCCGCUGAUCAUCUCCAGUCUCAUCGCCGGCUCGGCCAGUCUCAAUGCACGAAUGAAUGGGAAAAUCGCCCUUAGAACGCUCAUCUACUUUGCCUCCACGUCCUUCUUCAACGCCUGUCUUGGCAUCUUUCUCGUCCUUCUCAUCCACCCCGGAGAUCCUGGUCUUCACCACGAAUCUGUCGGAGCAUCUGAAAACAAGAACAUCAACCUCCUCGACAGUCUUCUCGAUCUUGGACGAAAUGUCUUCCCGGACAACCUGUUUCAAGCUGCUUUCCAGCAGGCUCACACGGCCUACGUACCGCAAAGCAAUUCUCUGGGCCUCAACGACUCUCUGCUCAACGCCACGGACGCCGCUGACGAGGCGGAGCCUGAGAUGGUGCGCGUGAUCAAGUACCGUCCUGGCACCAACACGCUGGGCAUCGUCUUCUUCUGCCUGCUGUUCGGCACGCUGCUGGGCACUCUGGGCGAGCGCGGGCAGGUGGUCAUUGACUUCUUCUCGGCCGUUUUCGAGGUGAUAAUGCGCAUGGUGACGGGCGUGAUGUGGUGCACCCCGUUGGGCAUCAGCAGCGUGAUCGCCGGCAAGAUCCUUGACGUGUCCAACUUGGCCCUGGUGAUGUCUCAGUUGGCCAUGUUCAUCGUCACGGUGGCAAUUGGCGUCUUCCUGUACCAGCUCGUCAUCAUGCAGCUGGUGUACUUUGUUUUCCUGCGCAAGAACCCCUUCAAGUUCUACUACGGCCUCAUCAAUCCAAUGCUCACGGCCUUCGCCACGGCGUCCACCGCUGCCGCUCUGCCCAUCACAUUCCGCUGCAUGAACGAGAAGUUGCGCAUCGACCCGCGUGUCACGCGCUUCGUGUUGCCCAUCGGCUGCAACAUCAACAUGGACGGGACGGCGCUCUUCAUCUCCAUCGCCUCCAUCUUCAUCGCCCAGAUGAGCGGCAUGAAUCUGGGCUUCGGCGAGAUAGUCACUGUCUGUCUCUCCUCGACGGCCGCCUCAAUGUCGUCGGCCAGCGUUCCCAGCGCCGCCCUCGUGCUCCUCCUCGUCGUGCUCUCGGCCAUCGAUGCUCCCGUUCAGGACGUGACGCUUCUCUUCGCUAUCGAUUGGUUCGUAGACCGGAUCAGGACGACCAACAACAUGCUUGGCGACUGCUAUGCUGCUGCUGUAGUGGAACACUUGUCCCGAAAGGAACUCAUGGCGUUGGACGCAGCAACGCUUUAUCAAGAACAAGCACCAAAUGGCCAUAUUAUGAAUGACACCGACCCAGACUUGGAUCGACGAAGCUCAGUACCUGAUUCCGUGAUCGUUGACAUUCCGGCAGCUGUGGCCAAUGGUCAGGCCAUGCGUCGCAACUGAACGGAAGGAUCUCCGGCUGCUUGGGAAGACGACGCAACGCAGAUUGAAAUGCAAAAUCUCAAUGGAUUGUCCCACAAGUGGAGUCACAAUGGAGAGACAGACCUUUGUGAUAGAGUCGAAGAGUCACACUCUUUCAAGCAAAUUCUUCUCUCAUUUUCCACCGUCCCCACCAGAGUCACACUCUCAACCGUUUAUUCUUCUCAUUUUGACAGUGAAAAGCCCAGGCCUGUGUCCAUUUCUCUUCAACCGAAAAUAUUGAAAAGCUAUAUCACGGGGAAAAAUGCAAAAAAGUAUUCACCUUCUGAGGAUUAACCAUAAAGUCACGAAGCAUCUCUUCAGAUUGAAAAAUGACAUAAAACAAUACUAGGAAUAUAUUUAGAGCCUAUUGAGAGAUAAAAGGAAAUACAUCACAGUAGAUUGUAGAACUUUAUAAUGUGAUACCAACAAUUUAAAUGUUACCCCGAGGGUUUUUUUGUUAGAGAAGUGAAACACCUUCCAGAGAAUAUCAAAAAAGUAAAUAUAUAUAAAAGGCUAAAUCCUCUCACGUAGGAUCACGUGAUUAAACAGGGAAAAAACUUUGAGGCAACCAGAUGUAUUGGGCAUCUUUAUGAAGAGACAUAUUAUAAACGGUUUUUAGACAACAUUUUAUUCCUUUAAGAACACACCCUUAGAUCGACCUUCAUUGCCAAGUAAUCUGUAAACUGUAGGUCAUCAAGCAAGACAACUUCUAUCUUUCUCCUAACAUACACAGUCCACCAUAGAAAUUUAUGAAUAAUGUAUUAUACAUAUAAUAUAUUUGCUGUAAUAAUUCAUUGUUAGACUGAUUAGAUUUUAGAUGAAGAUGCGAGAUUAAUAAAAAGUAUAAAAAUACCAAGCAAAUUGCAGUUGUAAAAUAAUCAUUUGUGAGACUACAAUGGAAAAUAUAUUUGUAAUCGCUGUAAUUCAUGUUUGAUCUGAUUUUCACUAUUUCAUUUGAAAGAAUUAAAUUAUCUCACUGA